AUGGCCACAGCUGCCUCCAGCCCCUACACCCUGCUCAGCUCCAGCCCCAUGAUCCACCCGGACAGCCAGGCCAUGCAGCCUGCCAGCCCCUUCAGAGGCCACCAGAAACUCCUCCACAGUGACUACCUGCAGGGCGUACAGGCCAACGGUCACCCCAUAGGGCACCAGUGGGCCAGCAGCCUGUCGGAGGGCAGCCCUUGGUCGGCCUCCAUGGAUCAGCAGGACGUCAAGCCGGGCCGGGAGGACCUCCAGCUCGGCAUCAUCCAUCACCGCUCCCCGCAUGUAGCGCACCAUUCGCCCCAUCACAACAACCACGCUAACCACCCGGGAGCGUGGGGAACCCCGGUGUCCCACAACUCCUCCAUCACCGGGGGACAGCAAAUCAACAUCUACUCCCAGACGGGCUUCACCGUCAACGGCAUGCUGGACCACGGCGGACUCACGCCUCCGACCAACCCCCAGGGCCAAGGCAUGCAUCCCGGCCUCAGGGACACGCUCAGCCCCGAGCACAGCGACCUCGGCGGGCACCACUGCCACGACCACUCCGACGAGGAGACGCCGACGUCGGACGAGCUGGAGCACUUCGCCAAGCAGUUCAAACAGCGGAGGAUCAAGCUGGGCUUCACGCAGGCGGACGUGGGUCUGGCGCUGGGUACGUUGUACGGCAACGUCUUUUCCCAAACCACCAUCUGCAGGUUCGAGGCGCUCCAGCUGAGCUUUAAGAACAUGUGCAAACUAAAGCCGCUGCUGAACAAGUGGCUGGAGGAGGCGGACUCGUCCACGGGCAGCCCGAGCAGCAUCGACAAGAUAGCGGCUCAGGGGAGGAAGAGGAAGAAGAGGACGUCCAUCGAGGUCAGCGUCAAGGGGGUCCUGGAGACGCACUUCCUCAAGUGCCCCAAACCCUCCGCGCAGGAGAUCACGUCGCUUGCGGACUCGCUGCAGCUGGAGAAGGAGGUGGUGCGCGUGUGGUUCUGUAACCGGAGGCAGAAGGAGAAGCGCAUGACGCCGCCGGGGGAGACGCCGCCGCCGCCGCCGCACGACGGACCGUACUCACACAGCGGGAGCGCGGGAGACGCCUCCUCCUGCCACGAUCUCUGA